AAAAUAAUUUGAGGUUAUGUAACACUAAUUAUUAUUUAUAAUGGAAUAAAAAUGUCGCAAAACACAGACAAGACUUAUGAAACAAAGCAUGUAAAAGAGGACAAUGAUAUAAAUGCUAUUUUAGAAGACAAAUGGAUGAUCAGAGAUUGUGAUACUUACAAAGAUGAGUACAAAGAAUGCACAAGUUUUAGAGGGAGAUUUCAUCAGUACUUUAUAUUUGGACAUACAAUAGAUUGCAAUCAGUGGAAAAAAGAUUAUGAUAAUUGUUGCAAAUGGGUUGAUGAUAAAGAUAUUAAUGGAGCUGAGGCAGUCAUUAAUAGCGAAAAAAAAAGGCGCAUGGAAAGAUUGCAAGCACACUAUAGGAACGAUAUAUGGAAGAAACGGCAAUCCCCACCAAGAGAUUGGGACACACCUUUACCAGAAUGGAUGAAUAAACGUAAUGAAAACACAUAUCUUGCAAUGAAGGCAAAAGAAAUGAAAGAAGGAAAACUUGAGGACUCUGACAGUAGCUUUUGUUCGAUAAUGUAAAUGGCAUAAAUGUGAAUGUAUAGUGCCAGUGUUUUAGGACAUACUAGUAAAUUUUUAAUAUAAUGUUAUUUAUUACUUAAGAAUUUUGAUUUUAAUACUUCAUAUGUGUGGCUACAACAUGUUAAAAUUUCCUCUGUUAAUUUGGU